AUGAUGUCUGCUCCUCAUGUUGCUCGUGUCGGAACCACCAAGACUUGCUGGGUCAAUUUUGUGGAUCACUGCAACAAGAUGAAUCGCGAUUACAAACAUGUGCUUAGCUUCGUUCUGAGUGAGUUGGGAACGGACGGUUCGCUCGAUGGAAAGAACCAGCUCGUUAUCAAGGGUAAAUACACUAGCAAGAAGCUUGAAUCUAUUCUGAAGAAGUACAUCGGCAUGUACGUCGCCUGUAACGAUUGCCGUUCUCCGAACACGGUUCUGGAAAGAGACCACAUCAACAAGCUCUACUUUGUUAUUUGCAAGAGCUGUGGCAGCAAGCGUUCGGUCGCUGCGAUUAAGACUGGUUACCAUGCGGUGAAGAAGGGAGAGAGAUACAAGAAUAGACAAUAA